AUGUUUUCCGAAGAUUACGUUAAGUUUGGAUUUACCUUCAUGGAAAAAGACGAGUUACAAUUGCCUCAGUGUGUGAUAUGUAUGAAAGUUUUAAGUAAUGAUAGAAUGAGGACCAAUCGCCUGGAAAGGUAUUUGAAGCAACAACAUCCUACUCUGGCUUUGAAGACAAAACGGUGUAUCGCAGCAUCUCAAUCUUCAUUAGAAAUAGCUUUUAUGAUAGCAAAGCAAUAUAAACCUCAUACUAUCGGUGAAGAAUUAAUAAAACCAUGUGUCCUAAAAGCCACGCAGAUAAUUUUAGGAGAUGGUGCAGAGCAAAAAGUGGAGUCUAUUUCUCUUUCGAAUAACACAGUCAAGCGUAGAAUCGAUGACAUUGCAGCAGACAUAAAGUCGCAAAUAAUUAACAAAGUAAAAUUAUCGACAUUUUUUGCCAUCAGUUGCGAUGAAUCCACCGACGUCGUUAAUUGUGCACAGUUAAUGGUUUAUGUUCGUUACAUCGGCGGAGAUAUCAUUCAAGAAGAGAUUUUUUUUUUGAAAAAAAAACGAUUUGGAUUGAAAGAAAUUCUUUGGAAUUUGCACAAAUGGCGCACCUUGUCACAGAAAUUGCGCCAGACUUUGGACUCGGCUAUAAGGAUUGUAAACUACAUCAAGAGCAGCGCUUUGAACUGUCGGUUAUUUACUUUACUUUGCGAGGAUCUCGAAUCUGAUCACAAAGUUCUUCUGUUCCAUACUAAAGUACGCUGGCUGUCCCAAUGCAACAUGUUGGAUCGCCUUUAUGAAUUGAAAGAAGAGGCAGGCUUUUCUGCUCUAGUUUUAAUUAAAACUAAACAGCGAAAUCGUCUUGAUGUCGAUAGCGACCUGAUAAUAGCUCUGGCAAAAACAGAUCCUACAAUCAACCAACUGGUACAGGACAUGCAAUCUCAAAAUUCGGGGUCUCAAAUACUUAUGCGUAGGGAAAAUGAUGCCCCAAUUAUGGAAUGCGAUAACGAGCAAGCACAGUAA